AUGGCUACACAAGCCGACAGUGCGUCGGGUCCAACCCGUAUUUCCAUUCUUGGAACCGACUCUAUUAUCAUCGAUCACGGCAUCUGGCGAAACUUUGUCCCCGACGAUCUCCUCGAGAAUCUCAAGUCAUCGACGUAUAUUCUAAUCACUGAUUCCAAUCUCCACGAUCGCUAUGUCCCUCCCUUCGUAACCAUCUUUAACGAGGCCGUUAAGAGCCGAAAUCUACAAACUCGACUUCUUACUUAUACCAUCCCUCCUGGCGAGACUUCCAAGAGUCGCGAGACAAAGGCCGAGAUAGAAGACUGGAUGUUGGCCCAGCAAUGUACGAGAGAUACGGUUAUCAUUGCUCUGGGUGGUGGUGUUAUUGGUGAUAUGAUCGGUUACGUCGCUGCUACUUUCAUGCGUGGUGUCCGUUUCGUUCAGGUCCCUACCACUCUACUUUCCAUGGUCGACUCAUCUAUCGGCGGAAAAACUGCCAUCGAUACUCCUAUGGGAAAGAACCUCGUCGGCGCUUUCUGGCAACCCCAGCGCAUUUACAUAGAUCUAGCUUUCCUCGAAACACUUCCCGUUCGCGAAUUUAUCAACGGCAUGGCCGAAGUGAUCAAGACAGCCGCUAUAUGGGAUGAGAUCGAGUUUACAGCUCUGGAAGAAAAUGCUGCCGCAAUUUUGAGCGCUAUUCGGUCUAAGACCCCCGAUCCAAAUGAUAGAUUACUACCAAUCCGCGCCAUACUGAAGCGUAUCGUACUUGCCUCCGCCCGCGUCAAGGCCGAGGUCGUGUCCAAGGAUGAAAAGGAGGGGGGCCUACGAAACCUUCUUAACUUUGGCCAUUCUAUCGGCCAUGCUUUCGAAGCAAUCCUCACUCCUCAAGUAUUACAUGGUGAAGCGGUAGCAAUUGGAAUGGUUAAGGAGGCAGAGCUAGCUCGAUACUUUGGCGUCUUGCGACCCGGCGCUGUGGCUCGAUUAGUCAAAUGUAUCGCGAGUUACGACUUACCAACAUCUCUUCACGACAAACGUAUUGUCAAGUUGACAGCCGGAAAGAAAUGCCCCGUAGAUGUGGUGCUUCAGAAAAUGGCGGUAGACAAGAAGAAUGAAGGCAAGAAGAAGAAGAUUGUACUCCUCUCUGCCGUGGGCCAGACGUAUGAACCCAAAGCCAGCGUAGUCGACGACAGUGCCAUCAGAGUUGUUGUUUCUCCUGCCACACGUGUGACGCCAGGUGUACCCAAGGAACUUAACGUGCAGGUAACUCCCCCUGGAUCUAAAAGUAUCUCGAAUCGGGCUCUUGUUCUUGCUGCGCUCGGCCAAGGAACUUGCCGUGUCAAGAACCUCCUUCAUUCGGAUGAUACCGAAUUUAUGCUGUCAGCGAUCGCUAAACUUAACGGGGCCUCGUAUACGUGGGAGGACGCUGGUGAAGUUCUCGUAGUUUCUGGAAAAGGCGGCAAACUCGAAGCAAGCAAAGAACCUCUCUAUAUAGGGAAUGCGGGCACCGCUUCCCGUUUCCUAACGACCGUGGUUACUUUGUGCUCAUCUUCCAGCGCGACAUCGACAGUUUUAACUGGUAAUGCCAGGAUGAAAACCCGACCCAUAGGCCCGCUUGUGGAUGCCUUGCGAUCCAACGGUAUCAAGAUCAAUUACCUUGAAAAGGAGCAUAGUCUUCCUGUGCAAGUAGACGCGGCCGGUGGUCUUGAUGGUGGAGUCAUUGAAUUGGCUGCUACAAUUUCAUCACAAUAUGUCUCAUCUCUCUUGAUGUGCGCCCCUUACGCCAAGAAACCAGUAACUCUUCGCUUAGUUGGUGGCAAGCCAAUUUCGCAACUUUAUAUCGAUAUGACCAUUGCCAUGAUGGAGGCAUUCGGCAUUUCUGUCACAAAAUCUCCCGACGAGCCAUAUACUUAUCACAUUCCUCAAGGUGUCUAUAAAAACCCCGAAGAAUAUGUUGUUGAGAGCGACGCUAGCUCAGCAACAUACCCUCUUGCAGUUGCUGCUAUUACGGGAACGACUUGUACAAUUCCCAACAUCGGCGCGAGUUCGCUUCAGGGAGACGCCCGUUUCGCUACUGACGUACUGCGUCCGAUGGGGUGCACCGUGGAGCAAACUGCUACGUCGACGACAGUGACUGGCCCAAGUCCGGGCGGAUUGAAGGGAAUUGAGGUCGACAUGGAGCCCAUGACUGAUGCAUUCCUGACAGCAUCUGUUCUUGCUGCUGUAGCAUCAGGAGAGACUAAAAUUACUGGAAUUGCGAAUCAACGUGUCAAAGAGUGCAACCGCAUUGCAGCGAUGAGGGAACAACUCGCAAAAUUUGGUAUUCAUUGUAGGGAACUCGAAGACGGUAUUAUUGUUGCAGGCAAGAAGCUCACCGAGUUGGCCGAGCCGAGCGAAGGCAUUUACUGCUACGAUGAUCACCGUGUGGCGAUGAGCUUCAGUGUUCUAUCUGUCAUAGCUCCGGGCCCUAUCCUUAUCUUAGAGCGUGAAUGCACUGGAAAGACAUGGCCCGGAUGGUGGGACGUAUUAGCUCAAUCAUUCAAAGUCAGCCUAACAGGUGAUGAUGUCGUUCCCCACGCUCCGAAGAAGGUGAAGAAAUCUGAAAUAGGAUCUUCUAUCAUCAUCGUUGGCAUGCGAGGAGCUGGAAAGACAACAACAGGCCACUGGAUGGCCAAGAUCCUUGGGUAUCCUUUCGUCGAUCUCGAUCAAGAAUUAGAGAAAAGAUCUGGCAUGACUAUUCCCCAGAUUAUACGGGAGAGUGGCCGAGGCUGGGAAGGCUUCAGGAGCGACGAACUCGAACUUCUAAAAGAUGUCCUUAAAAACCAAGGUCAAGGCCAUGUCUUCUCCUGCGGCGGUGGUGUCGUCGAGACACCAGAAGCUCGGGAAUUGCUCGUCUCUUACCAUCGCAAUGGUGGCGUGGUGCUUAACGUCGAACGUGACUCCGAGCAAAUAAUAGAAUAUCUAACACGGGAUAAAACCCGCCCUGCUUACACUGAGGAUAUAAGAGGCGUGUACGAACGGCGCAAACCUCUCUUCCAGGAAUGCAGUAACUACGAAUACCACAGUCCCUACCUCGAGCCACCUAAGAGCAACAGUGAUCCACCUACUGACUUCGUUCGAUUUGUCUCGUCAAUCACCGGAAAGAGUACACAUCUCGAGAAUGCGAAGAAGAAACGCCAAUCGUUCUUCGUGUCGCUCACUGUGCCUAACGUUUCGUCCGCGUUGGAAGUGAUCCCACGUGUCGUGGUUGGUGUAGACGCUGUUGAAUUACGAGUCGAUUUGUUAGAUGACAUUUCUCCCGAAUCGGUCGGGAAACAGAUUUCGCUGUUGCGUUCCACGGCAAAGAUACCUAUCAUUUUCACCCUUCGGUCUACAUCCCAGGGUGGCCGUUUCAAAUACACGUCAGAAAAUGAGUUGCUUCCGCUGUACCGGACAGCUAUUCGCGCAGGUGUCGAAUACAUAGAUCUCGAAAUGACGCUUUCGGAAGAGACUUUGAAUACCAUCAUCCAGUCGCGAAGCGACUCUACACGUGUCAUCGCGUCGCAUCAUGACCCAGAGGGCAAGUUGUCUUGGAGGAAUGGUGGCUGGCAAACGUGGUACAACCGAGCCUUGCAAUACGGCGACAUUAUCAAAUUGGUGGGAGUUGCAAAGAAAAUGGAAGACAACUACUCGCUGGCUACUUUCAAAGAAAGGAUGUUUGCUGCGCACGGCAAGCCCAUAAUAGCUCUCAACAUGGGCACCAUUGGGAAGCUGUCCAGAGUGCUGAAUGGCUUUUUAACGCCUGUCUCACACCCCGACCUCCCAUUUAAAGCAGCCCCCGGCCAGCUGUCAGCAGCUGAGAUCCGCAACGGCCUAGCCUUAAUCGGAGAGCUCGAGGCUAAACAGUUCUACCUAUUCGGGAACCCAAUCUCAGCAUCUAGGUCCCCGGCCUUGCACAACGCCCUAUUUCGCCAGACAGGAUUGCCUCAUCAGUACUCCCUGUUUGAAACCGACUCCGCCGCUGAUUUGACAAAAAUAAUUCAGUCGUCCGAAUUCGGAGGCGCAUCGGUCACAAUCCCGCUCAAGCUUGACGUGAAGGCGUUAGUCGACGACAUCUCAGAAUCAGCCAGUGUCAUUGGCGCCGUCAACACUAUCAUACCAGUGUCUCAACAGGACGGGUCGAAACAACGCCUAUUAGGUGAUAACACCGACUGGAGGGGCAUGGUCUAUUCUUUGCGCAGAGCAGGACUAGUAACACCGACUGGCGGAACAACGAACGGUGCAAUGGUAGUAGGCUCGGGUGGCACUAGUAGGGCAGCUAUCUACGCUCUCCAUUCCCUUGGUUACAGCCCUAUCUACGUCGUAGCACGGAAUCCCGAUGCUGCCCUCAAUUUCCGUACAACAUUCCCCAAUGACUUCAACAUCGAACAAGUAAGCGAGGCAGGCCAUGUCCAUCACCUUCCAAACGUCAUCAUCAGCACGGUUCCCGCGGACAAGCCGAUCGAGACGUCGAUGGUAGAGCUAGUUGGGUCCGUGUUACAACAACCCAGGCAUGAUGAAGGGCUUAGGGUCCUAUUAGAGAUGGCGUAUAAGCCUCGCCGUACGCCAUUGAUGGAACUUGCAGAGAACUCAGGCUGGACUACCAUUCCAGGACUUGAGGUGCUUGCGUCGCAAGGCUAUUAUCAGUUCCAACUCUGGACAGAUAUAGUACCUCUGUUCUCCGAUGUGCGCACGGCCGUAUUGAGCGAAUAG